AUGCCUCAUUGGUGCUUCUAUGAGGAGGUGGCAAUAGCCUCAUAUGACUUGCUUGGAGAAGAGUUUACAUUGAGGAUGAAGAGGGGAGGAUCAGAAAUAGCAAUUGGAAGGACAGCAGAGAUAGCAAUAACCAAAGAGCCCAAAUUCACACAGCUUGGUUUAGCACAGCUCACGAUUACACAACACAAGAUUGUGGAGAUCGAGCAUGGUGGGCAAAACAUUGGGUUAGACACCAACACCUCUUCAACAAUGGGAACCGGUUCAAAUACUGGCGCUUCAACAACACCAGGUAAUACCUCAGGCGUGGGAGAGAAGCUCAGCGUUGGUAAGUCCAUCAAUGCCUCGGUAACAGUAGGUGGAACCACAUACUUGGCAGUAGAGCUCGAGGAUAGGGCUGAGCUGCCUUCUACUAGUCUAGCCCUCUUCACUGAAGAUCUUAGGCCCCGAGCUCGACUCCUAACUGAACAAGAAGGGUAG